AUGGCGGUGGCGGUGGCGGUGGCGGUGGCGGUGGUGGCGGCCGUCGAUGUGGCAGUGGCGGUGGCGGAUCGGGCAAUGUCAGCGGCGCCGGCGGAGAGGGCAGCGGCUCAGUUCAAACCGAAAAAAAAGGCCACGCACUACACCAAAGCGGAGUCCAUUGCUGUGGCGAGGGCGUGGGAUGUCGCCACAUCAGACCCCAUAGUGGGCACCGAUCAGACCAAGGGGAGCUUUUGGAAGCGCGCCGUGUUGUCGUACAACAAGUUCAAACGUCGCGGCACCAAACCGCGUGACGCGGAACAACUCCCCAAGAAGUGGUCUAGGAUUCUACCGGCCACCCGGCGUUUCGCGGGCAUAUACCAGAACAACCUGCUCCAUGAGGAGAGUGGCCGAAGCGAGGCUGGCUUGAAAGCACUUUCGAUGAGCCAAUACAACACACAAGGCAAUCCGAAGUUCACAAUGUGGGAGGAGUAUCUAGUUCUCGAGGACUGCUAG